UGGUAACUUAUGUGCCAUCUCUUUUGUGAAACCAAGUCGAGGCUAAAUUCCAUCAUAAUUCAUCCAGGAUAACCAAAAAAUCCCAGUUUAAUCCCUUAUCUAGGUUUUGUGAAAUACCCCUCAGGUGAACUUGCACCGAUCAACCAUAAUAACAUUAUGACCACUGACCAGUAAAGUGAAGAGUAUGGAUGACGUAAGCCCAUGUAAAGUGAACGGGAUGCGUCUCCAGCACUGCAACGCACGCAACUGUGCGGGAGCCUUUAGCCAUCUAGGACCCCAUAGCUGGUUCCACCUGUGUUCUUUUCUUGAACCACUAGCUAUUUUGCACUACAGACUGGGAACAUCCCACAAGAGCUUCAGUUUUAUUUGUCUAGCCAUCAGCUUGGUCUUUUUCAAAGUCACUUGCAUCCUUAUGCUUGCCUUUUUCAACCGCUUCCAACUAAUCAAAAAGAUAUCCAUUUGCUGUCUGAUUUAUUCCAACCACUGACUGAUACACUGUUACAAGCCAAUGUUAUUAACUUAAGUCAUGUUGUGGCUGAUAAGUGCAAGUUUUUAUAGUCUAUAAUAGUAUUCAUUGUGAAGAAACCUGAAUGUUCUGUCUUCCAAGUUCAGGGUCAUGGGACCAACACUGAAGAAUGCCUUUUUGUAUAUUUAAAAAAAUAAAAAUAAAUAAAUAAAUAAAAUAAAUCAACUAAAUUAGUUUUGAAUGUUGUCAUUUGACCUUUUUUCAUAGACGUGUACUAGUUUGUUCAUGAAAACCAUGGUUCAUGAGAGAACUGCUUUCUCAUUCCUCAUUAUGUCCUCAUGAUCUAAUUGCUACUCUCUACAGUCUGGCAUAUUUGGCUGGGUAAUAGUUAUUCUUCUGAAGCAUAUUUGCAUGAAGGGGAUUCAUUUAACCAUUACAUGUGCCUUAAUUAAACAAUGCGAAAACACUUUCAUACUUCUCAGUCUGUCAAUACAUGAACAGUGAAUGUGUAUGUGAUACACUUUAAAGAACACAAUAAAUCAGAAAUGGUUUUAGCAUCUUUUUCCUUUAAGACAAUUGGUUUAAUAGUGUUUGCUAUUGGCAGAUGGUUGUAGCACUUAAACCCUCAUUCAGGAGCAAAAAUGGUUGACGUAAAUCCAAUUACAUGGCCAGAGCCUAUUGACGAGUGAGCCUAUUUAAAUCACUUGGAAGUGGACAACAGCAAAGGUUACAGCAGAACCUUUGAUGUAUACAUGUCCUUAGACAGUUGCUUUAGUCUUGCUUUCUUGGAAGUGUAAUUGCUCAUGUGCAUAGGAAUUGCUUGAUUGAGUGUUUGACUGAAUGAAUACUGUAAACUGCUCUAAGUAACACUUAACAAGACGUCACUCCCGGAGAGAAGGGAAACCCAGUUAUACAGAGGAUCUGAAACUUGGAUAUAGGAGAAACUGAUGUCAAGGUGGAUUUCUCUUGGAUGCAAUGUUGUUCCGAUGCACGGGAGUAGUGGGGCCAGCCUAUUGUCAGCCAGAACCCGGAGACUUGAUAGAGAUAUUCCGUGGAACUUAUCAACACUGGGCCCUGUACAUAGGAGAGGGUGACAUAGUCCAUCUAGCUCCUCCUUCUGAAAUUACAGGGCCUGGUCCAAACCGAUUGAUGUCCGUGAUGUAUGAUAAAGCAACCGUGCUGAAAGAGGAGCUGACCGAGGUGGUAGGAAAGGACCGAUUCCAUGUAAACAACCUGCUGGACAAGAAGCAUGCGCCGAGGCACGUGUGUGCCAUAAUGAGGGAUGCCCACCGCCUUCUGGGCCUGGAGUUGCCUUAUUGUGUGCUACGGGGCAACUGUGAACACUUUGUCACUGAGCUACGAUAUGGUAGGGCAGAGUCUCAACAGAUUCAUUAUGCUGUGAAAGUAGGUGUCAGGGCUCUUGCAGUAAGUAUGAAGAUUCUGACAGAGGCGUGGAGGCAUCGAGGGAAAAAGGGACAGAGAAUGCUUCACUAACAUCUUAGAAACCUAUAAUAAUGUCUAUGUUGUGCCUUUCAUGUUAUGUUCUUUAAAAUAUAUAUAUUUUUAUACACACGUCACAUGUAAUAUGUGUUAAUGUUAUGAUUAUCAGCAAUAUGCAUAGGCCUACCUGUACUCAAAGAAAAUAUGUAUAACAAUAUUUUUAUAUUCCAUAAGCCUAAAAAGGUGAAAUGUCAUUGGUCAUCUGUGUGAGUGGUUAAAUACGGUAAAAGUAUCCUCCCCAUCAAUACAUUUCUGAAAUGUCUUACUGUGUAUCCAUCUUACAUCCAACCAAGUAAAAACAAACUCACAAUUAAAAUAAUGUCUA